UUAAUAUUUCAACCAAAAAUAAAACAAAAGUCAAAAUGUUAAGCAUAAAAAUACGAAAGUCAUACAAUCAACAUUUUCUGCUGCUUAAAUUGCUGCUACUAAUGAUUUGCAUAACUGCAGCAAUUACUCGAAAUGUGAAUGCCACAAAUGCAACUCUAAUUGCAGCAGAGAAGCGUCAUUACAUAGGCAAUAGCAACAGCAACAGAAACAGCAACAUAACAGUAUUGCAUGAAGUGUCUAGCAUCGAUGAUAGCCGCAAACCAAUUGAACUGAACACGCAUGAAGUGUGGCCAACAAAGCCAACCAAAAAGAAGCCCUACUCCUUCGACAAGGCUAUCAUAACAGAAUAUGAAAAACAACGUCCAUUGAAACCAUACGAAUUGCAUCCUGUUACAUUUGAUUUUAAUUUAGGUGAUUUAGAGGAUUUAGAGCACGAAUCUAUUAAGAAAGGUGAUCUUAGCUCCGAGGAGAAGCACUUAUUACGCGAUGGCAAUGAUGAAGGGCUCACGUACACUGAACGUGCUUUCGUUGAAGAUUCCGAAAUUGGUGUGGGUGUUGAUGAUGUUGAUAGCAUUACAGUCAUAACAACUGAAAGCACUGCAACACUAAAAGCAACAACAACAAAACUAUCAACUACAGCAACAACAACAGCAACGACAACGACAACGACAACCGCAACCGAAACAUCUUCAACAACAAAUGCAAAUACGCCAUUAGCUGCGGUAACUACUGUUAGUCCGCAUAUUUUCAAGAUACUAAAAAAUAAAUCAACGAAGAAAGGACGUGAAUUAAUGAAAAAGGAUGACUUGCAAAAAGGUUUGGGUAGUAAUUUCAAUAGUAUAAGUCGAUAUUUUGGCACCAGCAAUGAAGCAAAUACAAAUGCAACAGCAGAGAGUUUGCAUGCAGUAAAUGUCUUUCAAAUUCUAACAAAUCUUUAUGAUCAGUUUUAUUGGCAAAUAUCUGAAAUACGCACUAAAGUGAGUACUGGUUGCGGUCUCGAAAUGCAAGCAUACUUAACAGCACUACAAGGAAACUAUGAAUGGGCACAAAAAGCUUACGAUGCCUCCGGUCGCUAUCGUGGACAAAUUUUAUUUGGGAAUGACAAAUGGCUUGGUCAGAAGACUUUUUGCUACGAAUUGAAUCGUCAAUUGCAGCCCGAGGAGCGAAAGCACUUCGAAUUUGAAUUUUAUGCAGCAGUCAUUGCAAUCCGUCUAUGGCUACCGGAAAAAAUGAACAUUUCUCUGCAAAUUGGUGAGUGUUUGCCGAAAUCAUGUACCUCGCAAGAUGUACACGCUAUACUUUCACUGGAUCCACAUGCUCAAAUGCUAGACACACUAAGCACAAUCCACUCAUCAAACUCAACACUGGUGCAAAUCAGACGUGUACGUACUGUACCAGGAUUCUUUAGUUAUUGGCGUGAACUGAAGUUCCAAAUAUUUGCGAGCUUUAUGCUUACUUUAACCUUCAUCGUUCUUGCAGCAACUUGGUAUCAAGCCAGUCUAAAUCAAAAUAAAAUAGUUUCACAAAUAUCAGCGAUCAGCGCUAAGAUCGAUGCAAGCAUGACAGGACAUAAGUCCAAUGACUCUUAUAAUGGCAAAGCCUUUGAGUUGUACCAAAUGAAAACCCUCAAUGAGAAUAAUAACGUUGUGUCCAUUGAAGCAGAUGUGAAUGGCAACAAAGAACUGACACAACAAACGAAUGGUAGCAGUAACUCAGCAGCCAGCUCUUGUCAACAAAAGCGUCCAUUGAAUGAAGCAGACAAAAGCCCAAUGACGGAUUACAAAAUAGAAACUGGCAGUAGCAUAGGUGCAACUGGCACUUUUGAAGCUAAACAACAAUUGGGGCUGCAUGAACAGUUGUUAUUGUGUUUCGCAUUUCAAACAAAUGCCAACACCAUUCUAAAUAUUGAUGAACACAAAGAGAAUCCAACAUCCUGCGUACAUGGUCUGCGCGUCUUUUCAGUACUUUGGACUAUUAUGGUGCAUACGUAUCUGCAAAUGUUUAGCAUCGGUGAAAAUAGAUUUCAACGUAUCAUUGUCGAACGCUCUGUUUGGUAUCAAUUUGUAGGCAAUGCCACCUUCUCCGUGGAUACAUUCUUCUUCAUAAGCGGAUUUCUAGUGACUUUACUGUACUUAAAGCAAGGAAAAAAAUAUCCUGAGGAUACGGGGCAAUUUGUACGUCGCAGUUUUUCGGAUACUGCCCUUAUAUUGAUUUACCGUUAUAUACGUUUAACUCCAGCGUAUUUAUUUGUAAUUUUCUUCAACGACUUUGCAUUGAGACAAUCGUCCGAUGCUUCCGUUUUUCAACCGACAGUGGCGCCCGAUACUUGCGCCCAAUACUGGUGGCGUAACAUUUUAUACAUCAACAAUUUCUAUCCGCUAAGUGAGAUAUGCAUGAUUUGGAGCUGGUACAUGGCCAACGAUAUGCAAUUUUACAUAAUGGCCAUGUUGCUGCUGGUGCUCUCCACAAGGUACUUCAAAACAGCUGUCAUCAUCAUAGGCACAUUCCUGCUCAGUUCUUGGGCUGUGUCGGGCGUUAUCUCACUGAAUUAUCAUUACACACACAAAGUGGCGAAUCCAUUUGAAUCGUUUGACUUCCUGUACGAUAAGCCUUGGCAACGGGUCGGCACUUAUAUAAUCGGCAUGAUUGCUGGUUACAUUGUGUUUAAGGUGAAAACGCCACCCAAAAUUUCUGCUCGUACAAAUUUGAUUUUAUGGAUGAGCAGUUUAGGUUUGUUGGCGCUGAUAAUUUUCGGUGUUUGGCAAGGUGAACUGAACGAAAUAAAUACUGCAUUUUAUGUGAGCAUCGGACACACAGCAUUUGGCCUUGGCCUUGUAUGGAUUUUACUUUCUUGUUGUUGGGGUUUCACACCGACAAUCAAUCGUAUACUGUCAUAUCGUGGUCUGUGGCCGCUAUCACGUCUCACAUACUGCACUUAUUUAAUACAUCCUGUCAUAAUGCUCAUCACGUCCUACCACAUGAGUGGCACUGUGCAUCUAAAUAAUUUCUUCGUGCUGAUAAUAUUUCUUGGUAAUGCAGUGUUUUCGUUUGGCGUGGCUUUCUUCAUUUCUGUGCUAUUCGAAGCGCCCGUUGUGCGAUUAUUGAAAAUUUGUUUUAGAAAAUAGUUUUUAUUAUAUUAAAAAAACACAACUCACUUAAAUUUUUUAAAUUUUCUUAACUUGCUCAUCUGACUGUUAAUGGUAACUGGUAAAAUCUGUUUUAAUUUAGAAAAUUUUCAUUUUGUAAAAAUAUUCAUCAUAAAUGCUA